AUGCCAAGUAAUUCAAAAUUCCCUCUUGGAAUUAUGCUCAUGGCUGCCCCAUAUUGUGUUGUGAAUGGAUAUCUUCAGGCCCAGGAUCUGUCCCAAUUUCGGAUGUAUCAUCAGGGGCAUAUCAUGUCGCUCAACUUUAUAGUUGGAACUGUGGUUACGCUAUGUGGUUUUGGUAUCGCCUAUCAGUCAGAUUCGACUCUGGUCCAACUGAAAAAAUCAACUGGCACCUAUCAAAUACCAAAAGGGGGCAUGUUUCAGUUUGUUUCCUGUCCUCACUUUUUUGGAGAGAUUCUCGAAUGGACUGGGUUCUGCAUUGCUUCCAAUGGCUCAUUAGCGACCUUGUCAUUUGUCAUUUGGACGGCUUGCAAUCUGAUACCGAGAGCGUUGGCUCAACACCAAUGGUAUCACUCCAAAUUUCCUGAAGAGUACAAACAGUUGCGACGAAAAGCUGUGAUUCCACUCUUGCUAUAG